UUGAGAGCAACUGUUAAAAUUGUUGAAUUGUUCCAUUUUUGUUUAAAAAUUAAGAAAAUUGCCAAUGUUCUGGACACCAGAGCAUGUGGAGAGCAUGCUGGAUGUGCUGAAGACCUCCACGGACCGAACAGUCAUUUACAAAUGCCUGGUGAAGCUGCGCACCGAUCUGGUGAAGGACAAAAAUGGCAUUGUUUUAUUUCGCACUGCUGGGGGCGUUCACAUCAUGGUUCGCCUUAUCACCAAGCUAAAUGAAAAGAUAAUGGAAGUGGUCUUGAGUAUAUUGGGAAACUGCUGCACCGACGAACAGGCCUGCAUUGAGGCCGUUGAAUGCAAAGUGAUUCCGCCGCUUGUGACCAUUCUGAAGACCAUUCCCAAUCCUGUGAUCCAAUGUCGCGCCUGUCGAAUGCUGGGUAACCUGGCCAAAAGCAAGAAGGCCUCCCAGUAUCUCAACGUUCACUACGCGGCCAUUGCCCCGGCCAUCUGCCACAUCAUUGAGUCCACCAGUGCGGUGCAAACACGCAUCAUGGCGUUCCGGGUGUGCCGCUUCCUGUUGGCCAGCAGCCAGUUCCUCAAGCAUUUCCUUAUUGCCAAUGGAUUCCAGCAGCUGAUGCGCAUUUUCCUGGCCGUUAUGAAGAACGAUGAGGCUCCCAAAGAGCCGGUUCCGGACAUCGAGGUGUCAACGCUGAUUGGCUUAAAGCGAAAUCAACACCGUGAAAAGUAUUUCGAGGAAGUUGCCCGCAAUUUGGAGGGAGUAAGGAGCGACAUCUUCGACUAUCAGAUGCUCAAGAACUCCACUCGGAACUGCGACUAUGCACUGCCCAAGGAAAAUGAGACAGCCGUUGAGUUAGCUCUUGAGAUAUUAAAGUGUCUGGUUUUGAUCUCAGCCCAGCAGAUUGGCAUGAAAGCUUGGGAGUCUAUUUCCCGCAAUACUUCGCUGGCCUCGAUUGUCUGCUUUGUGAAAGAGGACGGCGAGCAGCGCUCAUCAGCUUUAAAAAUCCUUUCAAACUUCUGCAAGGAUCCCUGCGCCUUCUACAUGCUGAGCACGGCGGAUGCCAUUGUGGCUGCCUGCGAGAUGCUUAUGGCCGUCAACAUGGCAAAACCACUGAACGAAAGCGAGAGUCGGCAUUGCAUAAACAUUAUAUUAACCCUUUCUACGGAUGCCUGCAGUCGCUCGAAGAUUAGAAGGUGUGGAGCUCUCCGCAAACUGGUUGCCAUGAUUAGGGAUUCAAACUCACAAAGCGAGCGAUCAUCGCUAUUUCACAUUCUCAACAACUUUCAAUAUGACAACUUAAGCAUGGAGCUUUUGCUUUAUGAGGGUCUCGUGCCCAUGUUGGUUCGGGAAUUGAACGAUUAUCUGACCAGUGACGAUGAGCAUCAUAAACGGCGCCGGGAAGAGAGAUUGCAAGGUGGCAAAAAGAGGAAACUCACGGAUCCCACAACACCAGAAACGCUAAGCAAGUUUUCAAAGACCCACGAAACUUUAGGUUCGGACUUUGACUCGCCGAGCAGUUCGCCAAGAUCUUAUCGCACCACCAGUCCCUGCAGUUCGCGCAGCAUGUCGCCGGUCUGCAAAGAACUGCUGACAAAUGAUGACGACGACAACUACUCACCGGCGUGCAGUGAUGACGACGAAGAUGAGGAUGAUAGCACAAACAAUAGCAAUGGGGAUAGCAGGGAUCGCCGCAUAGCCGCCAAUCGCGCCCAGGCCUCAAGUGUUCUCGAUAUACUGAAGCUAAUUGAAGAGGGCAGCGAACCCAUAGAUGACCCACUGUCUGACAAAGAAGAUCUCGAGGAACUCAGCUCGGAUGUGCCACCCAGACUAGCUCAGUUCCGAAAUCAAGCAGGCGACACCAUCGAUAUAAUAGAAAAUCUGAUUUACCGCAUCACGCUAAUGGUGAACAAGCGUGUGGAGCUGGGAAAGCCGGAGACGCUGGAUACGCUUAUAAGAGCCAUCAACUUGUUCGGGGCUAAUAAUAAUUUCGCAAAUGCCCUGACCAAUAUACUACUUGAGAGCCAGUUCUUUGCGCAGAUCAUCAAGCAUGGUGUGGUUCAUCAGCUUUAUCAACUCACCAAAGUGGAGGAGAUGCGCAAAGAUGGCUUCGCCUUUUUGGAGACGCUUACCAACGUGGGAGAAUCGAAUUAUGGCAAGGAGGAGCUGGUGCGAUUGCUGCGUUGCGACGAUAUGAAGGCCCAGCAGAGAGCCGCCAUUUCGGUGGCCUACAUCGUAAAGAGCCAUCGUCUGCUCUACCAGUUCCUGUACGAUGGCAACGCAUUGAACCUGCUGUUUGAUCUUAUGCUCCGCAAAAAGAGCGACGAUCACUAUGCGGACGAAGCUGUGGAUGCAGUGACUUCGAUGGCUCGAUAUACCUUAGGCAUUAGUUUACCAGAAGCUGAGCCUACAGAAAGCACGGCUGGGAUUUGCAGCAAGAAGCUCAGUGAAUCUGGUCCACUCCACGACAACUGCGACAUGAGAUUUUUGGUCAGCGGCGAGGAGGAUUCCACCCUGACCAUUGGCUUCAACAAGGAGCUGCUGUGCGAAACCAGCGAGGUGUUCAACAAGAUGCUCAACAGUGAUUUCCGCGAGGGUCAUCAUGGCGAGAUUCAGCUGCACGACUACACGGCCAGUGGCCUCCGCUACUUUCUGCAUUUAAUCGUGUGCCAGGAACGACACCUGACGGAACCGGAUUACCCCGCCCUGCUGCAGGCCUUCGAGAUGUCGCGGGUGUACAUUAUACCCGAGAUGGAGGCCGCACUGCAGCAGCGACUCAUUCAGUUCCUAGACUCCCACAACUGCCUGCGCCUGCUCGAGUGGGCGCUGAAGAACUACCACGCCGAGCUCACGGAGACUGCCAUCAGUUAUUAUCUCUGCUCCUGCCUGCCGGCGCAGGAAAAGCUCGAGCUUUUCCGGGCGGCGGAGGACUCCACCUACGCCAGCGAGUGGUUCCAGCUGCUCAACGAUGCGGUAUUCGAGCGGUGCCGCAGCACUGGCUACUAAACACCGCCACCCAGUUGCAUUCUGUGAUCGUUUUUGUUUCGUCGCUUUCCAUUCCCAGGAUUCAGCUCGAUUUAUUUGCCACAGCCCUUAGCCAAGUAUUGCAAUGUGCUACAAUUGUAUAUUUUAAUUGUAUAGACUACGUAUUAUCCUA